UAAAUCUGCGUGAGUAACAGAACGCUUCAGCAUUCACUGGAAUGUUUCGUGACGUUUUUAUAUUUUCAAACGCACGUCAUCAUUGAGCACGUCUGAGACAAAUAGCUACACCUUUGGAUUACAUGGGAUUGCUUCAACUGUACAUGGGUACGCGUUGUACACGUGAGUACUUGUAGAAUACAGUCCAGGUGCAAAAUGGCUGCAUUUUAUAAAUUUCCAACGUUUUUGUUAGGCUUUAUUUUCAUUGUUGGCAAGCAAGUAAGCACUCGCGUUAUUGAUGUUGGAGAAAAUUUCAAUGAAUUAAAAAAGGAUGGUCGCUUUUGGUUCGUUGAAUUUUAUGCUCCAUGGUGCGGUCACUGCAAGAGAUUGGAGCCUAUCUGGGAUGAGGUUGGUGAAAAAUUGGCCAUAGAAAGUCCGAAUAUUGUGACAGCAAAAAUAGACUGUACAAAGCAUGAAGAGCUUGCUAAAGAAAAUGGCAUUCGUGGAUUUCCUACUUUGAAAUUUUUCAGAGGAAAAUUUUCAAUAAGAUAUCAAGGGUCAUAUACAAAGGAAGCAUUAGUUGAGUUUGCCAAAAAGUCAUCUAGGCCAAUAUUGACAGAGCUGAAAACUGCAAACGAACUUGAACAAAGAAGAUCAAUUCCUAAUGUAUUUUUCUUGUUAGUGCACGAUGAUACAAAUGAGUCCAAUAAAUACAAGGAAAUAGUGCAAGAAAUUGCAGAGGAGAAAGUAUCCCAAGUGUUGUUUUAUACCAUAUCCAAGUCUUUAUUUCCAAAGGAUAUCAACUUGGGAAGUGGCCUAAAUUUAUUUGUUUUCAAGGAAGGCUUGCAUUUCAAGUUUGAAGAUACAGAAGGCGAUUUAAAUGAAAGCAAAUUGGCGACUUGGGUGGAUCAAGAGAAAUUCCUGCCAUUUAUGUACAUUUCUGACUCCAAUAUUCACGAGUUGGUAGAAACAGGGAAAAUGGUUGUGCUUAUAACUUUCUCGAAAGACAAACUUCACAGUUCUCUUAAUGCAAUACUUGGAGAAGUUGGAAAAAGAACGGCCAUUGAAAAAUUCUCCACUUUUGGAAAAAUUUUUCAGUUUGCUGGUAUUUUUGAUACAGAUGUUAUAGAGUCAAUUAUGAUGAGCCCAGUUUACGUUCCAAUGAUUUUUGUUUUUGAUCCUGAGUCACACUUUCACUACAUUCUGCCAUCAUCACAACUUACAGAAAGUUUUAACGAAGAACAACUACAUGCAUUUCUUCAAGAUAUCAUCAAUGGAAAGGCUAUGGCCCAUGGGGGAAGGACUUUCUCGCUGAGGAUGUUUCGGAUUUGGUGGGAUGUUCGAACGACUGUAAAGGACAUGUGGAAUACCAGUCCUGUCAUUGCUGUCGUCAUUUUCGGUUUGCCAUUUUUGGUCGUCGUUUUUCUCAUUUCCAUGUUGUGUUGUUUUGAUGUUGGCGACGACGAUAAAUAUCAUCCUGACUUUGUGGACAAUUCAGAACAACGAGGGAUGAAAUGUGAUGAGAAGGGUAAUAUUGUACCUGAACCUGGAGUUUCUAGAUAAACCAUCACUAUGGCUCCAAAACACAAUAAUAUGAUUCACAAUAACCAUUUCCAUAAGGAUUGGCAACGUUAUGUCAAAACAUGGUUUAACCAACCCGGACGAAAGAAAAGACGUCGCCAAGCAA